AUGGCCGAAGCCACCAUCUUGUCUCUCUUGCAGGAACUCUUCCCAACGCUCGACUCGGCUCUCCUCACCGACAUUGUAGCCGGUGCUGGCGCGGAGUGCUCGGUCGAGUCGCUCGUAGAGGAGCUUCUCUCCAUGCAGCACCAACGCCAAUGCAUUAAAGAGGAGGAGGCCCCCUUGCCAACGGGAGUGUGUAGUGCCACCCGCCCCAGCGUCUGCGUCGAUGGUGAACCAGCGACGAGCUUUCACAGCGGCGGCAGCAGCCGUGCUCCUGUCCGUUCUGCCCACACCACCAACGAGGGGGAGGAGGGCCGGGCGCUGGUGCUGGUCCCGCCCAUCUCAUCAGAUGACCGUCUACCGAUGCUUUGCUCCUCGUCGUCUGCGGGUGCCAGUCCUUGGGGUGGUCCCCCGCGGCAAGAGAGAGCAGCCGCCGCCGCCAGCCUCGAGGACCAGUUGGCCAGCAUUCGCCAGCACCGCAAGGAGCGAUGGCGCAAGGAGUCCAGCAGCAGCAGCAACAAUAAUAGGCAACCAGCCCGAGAGGACACUGUAGGGCAGGCGCAGAGCACGAGCGGGUUUGACAUCGGCCUCUGGCGACAGAUGAAGGACUUCAGGCACGUGGGUCUCCCAGAAAUUGCUCAACCAGUCCACGCUCCGCCCACCACCACGACCACCAGGUCAAAGCAGCGUGCCAAGUGGAGCCGAUCGGGGGAAAGGAAGAAGGCUAUGACCCUCUCUGAUCUCUCUGAGCCCAAUUCGGAUACUGCUACAGCUGCUACCGCCUCCGCGGCUGGAGGGGCGUCGAGAACCGUGCCGCACAUCGAGAAGAUUGGCCACGAUUGCCUCACGCUUACCAACAACUUCCGCCAGCGUAGCGGCCUCAGGCCCCUUCGCUGGGAAACCGUUCUGUACAAGAUAGGCCUUCAGCACAGCCACAGCAUGGGUACUGGCCAAGUAGAGUUUGGGCAUGCUGGAUUCAAGGAGCGAAUGCAAGCGGUGCCGUACCGACCCCGACAUAUGGCCGAAAACGUGGCCUACUCGCAGGGCGUUGCUGAUGUUGCAAGUACUGCCGUAAAUGGGUGGAUUCGCUCUCCCGGCCAUCGCAAGAACAUCCUCUGUCCUGCCGCCAACCGCUGCGCUAUUGCAGUGUACUGCAAUUCCCAGGAAAACGGCGCGUCCUAA